UUUACAAAUUAAGAGUCGAUUAUUAAAAAUAGUUUAAAAUUUGAGCGAUGAUUGAUAAGAUUUCAAAUUACAGAGAUUUUUAAAGAAGAAAAAAAAUGAGUUCACAAACUCUUUCCAGGAAUUUUUGUUCUGAAGAUGCGAUUUCUGGGCCAUUUUCUGCAUUGCAUUUUCUUCGGAAUUACAGUCUUCUUGCAUCACCUACAGAGUUAUGCAGAUAUGAUCCGUAUCAUUUAAUGGAUUUUGGAGUAGGUGACGCUGAUGUUAUACAAAGUAACAUAAAUAAAGAACCACCUUCUUCACCUUUAGUGCCCUCAACAAUAUCAACAUCUUUUUCUCUACCUACUGGUCUUUUGCAACCUUCUCUCUUUACAACAAUACCACCUUUUAUGCAAUCAGUCAAUAUUCCACAAGCGUGUACGAACUCGCCAUCAGAAUCAUUGAUGAGUAGACAUUUAUUUAAUGCUGGUGUAGCAAGUUUUCAUCAAAGGAAACCUCGAAGUGAAAAAAAACCAAUUCCUGACGAACAAAAAGAUGACAAAUAUUUUGAGAGGCGAAAACGUAAUAAUCAAGCUGCAAAAAAAUCUCGUGACGCUCGUAAAAUUCGUGAAGACCAUAUAGCUCUAAAGGCAACAAUGUUAGAACAUGAAAAUGCAAUCCUUCGAGCACAAAUUGUAUCCUUACGUGAAGAAACUCAAUCAUUACGACAUAUUUUAAUGAAGCAACAGUCAACAAAUUUACAAACAAUCGAUCGCAGUAGAUCAAUUUCAGAAAUAGGACCUUUAACUUUAUCAACUGCUCGAUCCAUAACAUCUUUAGUUGUCUAA